CGGAGGUUUGUGUUUUGAGAGAAUGGUAGUGGUUUGCAAUAACAGUAUGGGUGUGGGGGUGGAAUGGCCGGAGCCUGUGGAGAGAGUGCAGAAGCUUGCGGAGAGUGGGAUUCAGCAUUUGCCACAGAGGUACAUAAGGCCUCCCCAAGAUAGAAGCUCCUCACUCUCUCUCUCUCCUACAGGUGUCCCAGUGGUGGAUUUAUCAGCAGGCAACAGCAUGAAGGUGAUGCAGUCCGCUUGCAGGGAGUGGGGUGUGUUCCAGCUCGUAAACCAUGGCAUCCCCGACACGGUUCUCUCCUCCGCCAUGAAUGCCUCCAGAGGAUUCUUUGACCUCCCCAUGUCCGAGAAGCAGCUCUAUGCCAACGAUCCCCUCACUUAUGAAGGUUACGGUAGCAGGGUGGGCGUGCAGAAGGGCAUUCUUUUGGAUUGGGGUGACUACUUCUUCCACCAUGUCCGUCCUCUCUCUCACCAGAAACAACAUAAAUGGCCUGCCAACCUGCCGCACUUUAGGAGGAACAUCGAUGAAUACUGCAGCCGGGUGUUUGAGCUGUGCAAGGAGCUGCUAGGCAUAUUCUCUGAGGACUUGGGACUUCCCAAAGGAUGCCUAGUUGAAAGGUUUGGUGGAGAGGAGCAGAUUGGGCUGAGUUGCAGAAUGAAUUAUUACCCAAAGUGCCCACAACCAGAGCUCACCCUCGGGCUGUCCCCCCAUACCGAUCCCGGAGGCUUCACAGUGAUUAUUCAAGAUGACAAUCUGUGCGGGUUGCAGGUGAAGAAGGAUGUUGUUUGGGUUUCAGUUCCUCCCAUUCCAAAAGCCCUUAUCAUCAUCUUGGCUGAUCAGCUAGAGGUGCUGUCAAAUGGGAUAUACACGAGUGCGGAGCACAGGGCAACAGUGAACAAGGAGAGGGAGAGGAUGUCUCUGGUCGUAUUCUGUAACCCGGACGGAGAGAUGAAGAUUGGGCCAGUUGAGGAGGCGGUCGCAGCAGGAAGAGGUAAAGCAUUGUACGAGGAGAUGAGUUUCAACCAGUACAGACAGUUAAUCAGGACCGUUGGAACCAAGGGCAAGAGCUUCGUGAAUUCCAGGAAGGGAAGUUAGAAGAGCAGCACCAGAUGCAAAAGCAUCUCCUUCUUACUUGGAGGAAUCCUUUCCGUCCACAUCAAUAAGCAUAAAAACAAAUAAAUAAUUCA